GUGGUUGUAUUGUGCUUCAUCUUCAAAAUAACUAUUUCUGGUUCCUCAAAAUUCUCACUUGGAGUCCAUACAGAGAGGAGCGCAUGAAUGGAAUGAACUAUAAGAGAUAAUUUGGGAUCAAAACCUCAAAUAUUCAGGUAUUCAAAUAACACCACCAAACCAACCCCAAUAAUCUUACUAUAUCACACCCAAUGAUCUUCCUUUUCUAAUGGCCAUGAAUCUCAUUCUCAACACUAUAUUUUCUUAUACACCACACCCAGAAAAAGCCCAUUAAUUUAAAAAACAAGUCUUUCUUCAAAUUUAUCCACACACUACUACUGGUACUACUACUCUACUAAUAGUCUCCGUAGUACUAUACUACUACUGCUACUCUCACCACUCUCCACUACGCCUGAUUUUGCCCAAUUCCCCUGCGGUACUGUACUGUACUGGUUUUUCUCUCCCUCUCUCCCUCUCUCUUUCUUAAUUCUUCUUUCUCUCUCUACAAAACGGGGUUGUGAUAUAUUCCGUAUGUAUGUGCAGCUCAUCAACUUAUCUCAGCACAGCUCAGCAAAACGACACCCAACCUGUUCCUCUCCAUUCCAUGAGACCUGAUCCCUUCGCAAUUCACUAUUACUAUUCUUCCCAUUGCUAUUCAUCGCCGCCACCAUCUCACCACAACUACUUCUCCUCCUCCUCCUCCUCUUUCCACCCAUUACUCCCGGCCGCCAGGCCCACUGGCGCAGCCGGAAGAAGACCAGGGUGGGCACGCAUGGACUACGCAUCCGUUGCCAUGGCUGCCGCGCCCACCACAACAACCACUACCAACGUAUCACUCCGUCGCCAGCGACACCGGAAAGAGAAGCUUCUCGUUCUAAUGGGCGCCACCGGUACCGGGAAGUCCCGUCUCUCCAUCGACCUCGCGGCGCACUUCCCUCUCGAAGUCAUAAACUCGGAUAAAAUGCAGGUUUAUAAAGGACUGGAUAUCACGACGAACAAGAUAUCGGUACCGGACCGGUGCGGCGUGCCACACCAUCUCCUCGGUGAGGUUGACCCGGCUCGAGGUGAGUUGACUCCUGCCGAUUUCAGGUCUUUGGCUGGAAAAGCCGUGUCUGAAAUCACUGGGAGGAGAAAGCUUCCCGUCCUGGUGGGUGGGUCCAACUCGUUCAUACAUGCGCUGUUGGUGGACCGGUUUGACUCGUCCGGUCCGGACGUGUUCGAGGAAGGGUCCCACUCGGUGGUGUCUUCUGAGUUGAGAUACGACUGUUGCUUUCUCUGGGUUGACGUGUCGGUAAAGGUAUUGACCGAUUACUUGGCGAAGCGAGUCGACGACAUGUUGGAGCUGGGGAUGUUCGAUGAGUUGGCCGAGUUCUAUAGCCCGGAGGACGAGGACCACGACGAAGACUCUGCGACUCGGACCGGGUUGAGAAAAGCCAUCGGAGUUCCCGAGUUUGACCGGUAUUUCGAAAAGUUCAGACCUGGCGACGUGGAGGGGGAGGACCCCGGGAGGGAUCGGGUGCGGAGGGGCGCAUUCGAAGAGGCGGUGAGGGCGAUCAAGGAGAACACGUGUCAUCUAGCGAAGAGACAAAUAGGGAAGAUCUUACGAUUAAAAGGCGCUGGGUGGGACCUACGGCGGCUGGACGCAACAGAGUCGUUCCGGGCGGCGAUGACGUCAGACUCCGGCGAGAAGUGCACGGAGAUUUGGGAGAAGCAGGUAUUGGAACCAAGCGUGAAGAUUGUGAGUCGCUUCUUGGACGAGUGCGUGAGCAAGAAUGAACGCUAUUGCACUCCCAUCGAAACUACUCUUCAUCUACUCAACAUUUCUAAAUGUUCAUCGCAAUAGAUGGGUGUUUGAGACUUCGGAUCUCAGAUUUUCGCCCAUGUAUAGGCGGGUUUGCAAUGGAUUUUUGCGACGAAGGGCUUGGUGGCGUUCGGUCUCGCUCGGUGUCUGCCACGAUGGACUAUUGGUGUUUUUCUUCACCUACUAUCUUCACUAAUAUAGGAUUAGGUUUCGAUCAUGGUUUAAGCAUAUUUGUCGUAAUUUACUAGUUUUGUAGGUCUCUAUAGUCAUUAUUGUUCGCUCUUUCAAAUACUAAUUCAUCGUAUUAACUUAUCA